AAAAAAAACCUCAUUUUUGAAAACUCAGCAUUAGUCAACGAUUCCUCCCUUGUCGACAAAGAAAACUUGGCCGAAAGAAAGAACACCGUUUUCCUUUUAUUUCCUUUUUUUUUUUUCACUUUAUUUUAUUUCCAACCUUUCAAUUUUUCAAACCCUAAUUCCAAAUUCACUUUGCGGUGGUGGAAAUAACGUAAUGUACGGUGGCGGAGGAGGAGACGACGCCCUGGCUGCUCGCCUCGGGUUAAUCUCCCCGUCGCUGCUUAUUCCGACGACGUCCAUGAUUUCCCGCGAGAUGUCUCCGGCGCCUGUGAGGGAAGAGAGGCUUCCGUCUCAACCGCAGUGGAGUCAGCAGGAGACGAGAGAGUUCAUAGCGAUACGAGCGGAGUUGGAGAGGGACUUCACUGCUUCGAAGAGGAACAAGACGCUUUGGGAAGUGGUGAGUGCUAAGAUGAAGGAGAGAGGAUAUAUGAGGAGCCCUGAACAAUGUAAAUGCAAGUGGAAGAAUCUUGUUAAUCGCUAUAAGGGAAAAGAGACAUCUGAUCCAGAGCAUGGCAAGCAAUGCCCAUUUUUUGAAGAAUUGCACGCAGUUUUUACUGAAAGGGCACAUAACAUGCAACGGUUACUUCUUGAAUCUGAAAAUCGUCCAGCUCAAGCAAAGAAAGGAGUGAAAAGAACAAGUGGAUAUCGAUCCUCAGAGGAAUUCUCAGAAGACGAUGAGGAGGUUGAAGACGACAGUGAAGAGGAGAAACCAGCGAGAAGCAAUACACGUAAAAGGAAAGCUAGCAAAAUUGCAAUGGAGAAGUCUUCAAGGGCAAACAAUGCAAGCAGUAGUUCUGGUAAUGUUCAGGAAAUGCUCAAGGAUUUUUUCCAGCAACAACUAAGGAUGGAGAUGCAGUGGAGGGAGAUGAUGGAAAGGCGUGCACAUGAAAGACAAUUGUUUGAACAAGAAUGGCGACAGUCAAUGGAAAAGCUUGAAAGGGAGAGAUUAAUGGUUGAACAGGAAUGGAGGGAGAGAGAAGAACAUAGGAGACUGAGGGAAGAGAGUAGGGCAGAGAGAAGGGAUGCUCUGUUGACGACUCUUUUAAACAGGCUCACUCAUGAAUCUAACUAAAUGGGUAGUCGAAUCUUCAUAGCUAAUUUAUUUCUUGUUUCAAUUUAUUAUAUGAUUCUAUGUUUGGCCGAGAGAGUGAACUAAAUUUUAUAGCAGCUUUUGAUUACAGAGAAUUUUGGAAAGGAGAUUACUUAAAUAAUAUAAGAGUACAUGAACAUUUUCUUUUGAAAGUUCAUACAGGGAAACAUUUUCUUUUGUAUUGAUUGUGCAGGGAUAUGCUGUUGUAAAAUAUGUAUUGUUUC